AUGGUUGUGGUUCAGCCCUUUGCCGUGGAGCAGUGGAUGGACGAGUAUGAAACAACGGCCAAGUACAACAUCGCAGAGACAUGCUCGUCCUCCAUCUCGCUCGACGACCUGUGUGCCUUUGCAGGGGACACCAGGCCAGCAGACUUGUUCGACUCCUCGAGAAAGCUGGGAUACGGCGCCAUCCGCGGAUCUGAGGAGUUGCGCUCCGCCAUAGCCCGGCUACAUGCUGGAAGUUAUGAAGGUGCUGCUGCCCAAGUACCGACCCUAGAUAAUGUGUUGAUCACUCCGGGGGCUAUCAACGCCAACUUCCUACUGCUAUAUACCUUGGUGCAUGUCGGUGACCAUGUUGUCUGUCACUAUCCGACGUACCAGCAGCUCUAUUCUGUCCCGGAGAGCCUAGGUGCAGAAGUGACGCUCUGGAAGACCUCGGCUGAGAAAGACUGGGAGUUGAACGUAGAUGAACUAACGGGACUUAUCAAGGAAAACACCAAACUCAUCAUCCUCAAUAACCCUCAAAACCCAACAGGGAAAACUAUACCAACCAAAGAUCUCCAGCAGAUAAUCAACAUCGCUCGAGAAAGAAACAUCUACGUCUUCUGCGAUGAAGUGUACAGGCCUCUCUUCCACUCUCUUGAUACCACCCAGCGCCCCGCAUCAGCCUACUCGCUAGGCUACGACAAGGUGAUAAUCACCGGCUCUGUGUCCAAGGCUUACGCUCUCGCUGGCAUCAGAAUAGGUUGGAUCAUAGCUAACAAGGAAAUGAUCAACCAAUGUCUUCAUGCCCGUGACUACACUACUAUAUCCGUCAGCCAGCUAGAUGAUAAAGUAGCUUCGUUUGCGCUUGGAGAGAAACGCGUGUCGAAUCUACUGGCUAGAAACAUGAGUCUUGCAAAACACAACUUGGACAUCCUAGCUGCGUUUGUUGAGGAGUUUUCAUCCGUGUGUGAUUGGUAUAAACCGCUAGCUGGUACUACGGCGUUCGUUAGGUUUUCGAAGAAUGGGGUACCGGUUGAUGAUGUUGGGUUGUGCAAGAUGGUGUUUGAGAGGGUUGGAGUCAUGUUUGUUCCUGGCGGGCAUUGUUUUGGACCAGAGUUUAAGGGGUUUGUGAGGAUCGGAUAUGUAUGCGAGACGAAAGAUUUGGAAGAAGUCUGGCACAGCUUAGGGUUUUCAUGA